GGUGUUCAGCAAGGCAUGGCAGGAGGACCAGGUGGUGCAGAUCAUGAUAUUUAUCCAAACAUAAUUGCUAUGGGCUUUCCUGCAGAGAGGCUCGAAGGAGUGUACAGGAACAACAUUGAUGAUGUAGUAAGGUUUUUGGAUUCAAAGCAUAAAAACCAUUACAAGAUAUACAAUCUAUGUGCUGAAAGACAUUAUGACACCGCCAAAUUUAACUGCAGAGUUGCACAGUACCCUUUUGAAGACCAUAACCCACCACAGCUGGAGCUCAUCAAACCUUUUUGUGAAGACCUUGACCAGUGGCUGAGUGAAGAUGACAAUCAUGUUGCAGCAAUCCACUGUAAAGCUGGAAAGGGACGAACUGGUGUAAUGAUUUGUGCAUAUUUGUUGCAUCGAGGCAAGUUUUUAAAGGCUCAAGAAGCCCUAGAUUUCUAUGGGGAAGUAAGGACCAGAGACAAGAAGGGAGUGACAAUUCCCAGUCAGAGACGCUACGUGUACUACUAUAGCUACCUGUUAAAGAAUCACCUGGAUUACAGACCAGUGGCACUGCUGUUCCACAAGAUGAUGUUUGAAACAAUUCCCAUGUUCAGCAGCGGAACUUGCAAUCCUCAGUUUGUGGUGUACCAGCUCAAGGUAAAGAUAUUCACCUCCCCUUCAGGACCCUCGAGACGUGAAGACAAGUACAUGUACUUUGAAUUCCCUCAACCUCUGCCCGUGUGCGGUGAUAUCAAAGUGGAAUUCUUCCACAAACAGAACAAGAUGUUGAAAAAGGACAAAAUGUUUCACUUUUGGGUAAAUACAUUCUUCAUAGGACUGGAUGAAAAUUCAGACAAAGUAGAAAAUGGAAGUCUAGUUGCAGAUCAGGAACUUGAUGGUAUUUUCAGUACAGAGCGCUCAGAUAAUGAUAAGGAAUAUUUAAUCCUUACAUUAACAAAAAACGAUCUAGACAAAGCAAAUAAAGACAAAGCCAACAGAUAUUUCUCUCCAAACUUCAAGGUGAAGCUAUUUUUCACAAAAACAGUAGAAGAGCCAUCAAACCCAGAGGCUAGCAGUUCAACUUCUGUAACACCAGAUGUUAGUGACAAUGAACCUGAUCAUUAUAGAUACUCUGACACCACUGACUCUGAUCCAGAGAAUGAACCUUUUGAUGAAGAUCAGCAUACGCAGAUUACAAAAGUCUGAAUAUUUUUUUUAUCGGAGAUAAAAAAAAAAAAAAAAAACAUACAAAAAAAACCCCACCAACCAUGAAGAGAGACAAACUUGAAUAAACUGAAAACAAAAAAAAAAAAAAGGACCUUUCUAAAUGGCAAAAGGACAUAGUGUCAGAUUACCAGUUAUAGGAACAAUUCUUUCCUGACCAAUCUUGUUUUGCCCUACGAAUCUACAGGGUUUGACACUUGUCCAGUCGGGGGGAAAAAAGGAAGGUUACGUAGCUCUUAUAUGUAUAUACCUUUUUGUGUCAAAAGGACAUUAAAACUUCAAUUAGGAACUAUAAACAUGGCACUUUCCCAUUUUAUUCCAGUUUUAUAAAAGUGGAGACAGACCUAAUGUGUAUGCGUAGGAAUUUUUCCUUUUGUGUUCUGUCACCAAGCCAAGUUCCAAACCCGAAACCGACAACAGCGACGACAAAAAAAAAUUACAGGUUCACAUCCUGCCCCUUUUUUUGCACUCGUGUGGCAACAGAAAAGUCUGCAGUUGGCUAAGAGAUGUUUCUGGAAGGUUUUCCUACAUUCUAAUGCAUGUCUUUUGGCUGGGGGCUGGAGAGGAGUGCUCGGGAGGGAGCGUGGCCUCCGCCCCGUGUCCGGCUGUUCCAUGCACCUUUCCUUAGCAUGCUGCCCCAGGCCAUCCGGGACAAUGGAGGAGCCGCCGCUGUCACUGCUUGUCCUUCGUGCAUUCUCAUCUUUCUUUUUCAGUGUAAUGGUGCUAGAAAAGGCAGCUAGAGGGGAGUGAUUCUGUGAUUCUGUACCGGGGGGGACAGGAGUGAACCUUCCCCGCACUCGCGAGACCCGCGCCAGGAAGGGAGACCAAUUCUUGGGGUCACACAAAAAAAUAUGAAAAAAAAAGGAAACACAGCAACAAUGACUUAACCAUACAAAUGUGGAGGCUAUCAACGAAAAUAGGAGCUUGAAAACAAAUGGUUACAAAAUUUGACAAUGAUUUAUUGGGUUGUUUUCUUUUUUUUUUUUUUUUCCUGAAUUGUAAUGGCUGCUCCAUCUCCUGUGUAAUCAAGGCCAGUGCUAAAAGUCAGAUGCUCUUAGUGCAGACAUCAGUCAACAUCUUACAUUUAUAUUAGUAGUUUUUCAAUCAUAUUCCUGCUGUGAAUACUUCAUGUGCUGCCUUGCAAGCUUUUUUUUUUUUUUUUUUAUUUCCUCAUGAAUAUAAAAAUAUUUUGUAAUGGUGCACAGGAAAUGUCAUUGGAGAUUCUCCAGGUUAGUGUUUGUUUUGAAGGUUUCUGAUGCAUUUAUUCAAUCAAACCUCUGUCAGCCGUUCCACCCCUUUGACCUUACACAUUCUAAUACAAUGAGUUUUGCAGUUUUGCACACUUUUUAAAAAAGAAGAAAAAAAAAA